CUCUCUGUGCUCACCAGAAAAUAUAUCAACAAUGAAUGAUGUAAAAAAGGGAUAUUAAUACGUCUGAAAAUCAAACACAGGUUUGUCUGCUGGAAGGAGACAAGAACCCUGGAAGGAGAACAUGAACCUUGGAAGGAGAACAUGAACCCUGGGGAAAUGAGGUGAAGCUCGGGCCGUCAUGGAGGAGAGUAAAAAUAUCUCAACUAAUCUGAUUACAAGGGAACUCUAGAAAUACCCUCUCUCCCCUAUCCCUGUUCUCCUGCCCUCCUAACCAUACCUCUGCACCACUCCACCACCAACCCCCCACACCAUCACCACCACCACUGCAGACUUAAUGCCCUAAUAUCUCCAGUAAAAUGGUAGUCUUUAAGGUGACCUUCACUAAGACGAGUCGAGACAAACUGGCCCAGGCUCUGUGGGUUCUGAACUGGGUCUCUGUGAUCACAGGCCUCGUUCUCUUCAGCUUGGGCAUCUUCUUAAAAGUGGAGAUCCAGAAAAGACGAGAGCUCAUGACCGACGAGAUCCAUUCCGUGCCGAACAUGCUGAUCGCCGUGGGUUUCGCCACCUGCGGCAUCAACUACCUGGGUGGAAAGAUCUGCUACGACUGUGUGGAUGCCGACAAGUUCUUGUACUGGAAGCUCCUCAUGCUGCCGUACAUCAUCUGUACCUUCUUCUUCACCUUCUGCAUCCUGGUGGGAGCUCUGAUGUGCUACAGCAUGCGCAGAGACCUGGAGGCCGCUCUGUUUUCAGGUCUGCGGGACGCCAUGCGAUACUACAAGGACACAGACGUGCCCAGGCGCUGCUACAUCAAACAGAGCCUUGAUCUCCUGCAGAUCCACUUCCAGUGCUGUGGAAAUGAUGGGUUUAGAGACUGGUUCCACAUCCAGUGGGUUAGUAAGCAGUACCUGGACAUCACCAGCACUGAAGUGAUGGAUCGUCAGAGGAGUAACGUGGAUGGGAAGUACCUCCUGGACGGAGUGCCCUUUAGCUGUUGUAACCUGUUCUCCCCUCGACCCUGCAUCCAGCACCAACUCACCAACAGGUCUGCGCACUACAACUACGACCAGCAGAUGGAGGAACUAAACCUGAACCAUAAGGGCUGCAGACAAGCGCUGCUGGAUUACUACACCCACAUCAUGCAGUCCAUCGGCUUCAUCGUGCUCAUCAUCUGGCUCUUCGAGCUUGCUGUGCUCACCGGAGUCCGUUAUCUGCAGACCUCCAUGGAGAACGUUCUGAAAUUAGGAAACCCUGACUGUGAGUCAGAAGGCUGGAUUCUGGAGAACAGCAUCGUUGAGACGGCUCGGUAUAACUUCAACAUCAUCAAGAACCUGGGGAAGUGCUACCAGGUGGACGAUGAUCCCAACAUCGACAUCCCAAGCAACAGAGGGAACAUCCCAGAGACUCAGCAGAUCCCGUUGUCCAGCUAG